AUACUAGCCAUUGAUAUUACCUCAACUCUCUGUUUCGGAAAAAGAACAAAAUUGAAUCGAGAUCAUUGACAUUACUUUCAACUUUCCCCAAACGGGGUAGGCCCCGUUAAUUUCUUCUCUCUUCUUCUGCAAAUUUUUAAUUUUUACAACACAUUUAUGCAUUCUCAUGUGUAUUCUCAUAAAGCAAAAAGAGAGAGGAAGAAGAAGAAGGAGAGGUGGAGAAAAUUGAAGAUAAGUCGACUUUUAGAUAUUUCCAUAAGACUCACAUAUUGAAACUUUAAUCUUUUCAUUCCUUCGCAUGCUCUGUAACAAAUAUGUUUAUUUGUUACAGAAAUACCAAAUGUACAUGGAAUAGAGUAGUUUAGGAUUAAAAAAAAAUCAAUCAUUGUCUCUUUAAUUCUUUUCACAUAAACAAGGAAGAAAAAACAAAUUCCUAUUUUAAUUUAAUGCCUAUUGCACAAAGAUACCUUGAAUAUGUCACGUUCAUCUCCUUAAUUUCCUUCAUCUUUAUGUUAUCUCCCUCUCUUGCUGAUCCAAGAACUACCAUAGCUAAUAUUUCUUGCAAACCCCUUACAAAUGUGGCGAUUAACACCAAUUUAUUCCCUAAAUACAUGGAAGUCAUGGGAACUCUCGAUGAUUUUAUUUCGGAGAAUAAGUCUGCAACAUAUGAAAUGAACACAAAUGAACCCGAUAUUUAUGGAUUAGCGAAAUGCCACAACGAUCUUUCUCAAGACGAAUGCAAGCUCUGUUUCAUCGAAGCAAAAAAUAAGCUCACCAAAUGCAUUCCUGCCCCUGGUGGCUCUGUUUAUUUAGACGGUUGUUUUCUCAGAUACGACAAUUAUAAUUUUUUCGACGAGAGCAUACAGAAGAAUUCUUCGAGUUAUGUUUGUGGUGUUCCCACGGAUAUAACAAACGAUCAGUACAUGAAAAGGGAUUUUGCAGCAAGAGUUGAUCGUGCAAUCGCGAAUGUCACGGGCAUGUCAAUAGUAAAUAGUGGAUUCGGGGCUACGGUUGUGAAAAGCGGGUUGCUUGCUAUUUAUGCAUUAGGCCAAUGUUGGGAUUAUUUGGGACCUGAAGAAUGCACUAAGUGUCUGAAUAAUGCUGGAGAUAUGGUAAGAAAAUGUUUGCCUGCUGCUGAGGGAAAAGCCAUAAAUGCUGGUUGCUAUUUGAGAUACUCUUCUAAUAAAUUCUUCAGUGAUGGAGCACUAGUCCUCGCUGAUAAAGGACCAACGGAGUGUAAGGAUGCAUGGAUAAUUGCAGCGAUAGUGUUAUCGUCUAUCUUGGGACUAUUUGCUAUUUUAGGAGCCUUUCUAGGCUACCGAAGAUAUUCUAAGGACAAAGGAGGUACAAAAAGGGUUCAUAAGAUUCCACUGGCUCUCGAGACAUCGAAACUAAAUUUCAAGUAUGAAGUGCUCCAAAAAGCAACAAGGGAUUUUGAUCCCUUGAACAAGUUAGGCCAAGGAGGAUCUGGUUCAGUAUAUAAAGGGAUUCUUCCUGAUGGCAAAACUGUUGCUGUGAAAAGAUUAUUAUACAAUACACGUCAAUGGGCGGAGGAAUUCUUCAAUGAGGUCAAUUUGAUUAGUAGUAUCCAACACAAGAAUGUUGUGAAAUUAUUGGGUUGUAGUAUAGAAGGACCUGAAAGUCUUCUGGUUUUUGAUUGUGUAUCUAACAGGAACCUUGAUCAAGUGCUAUUUGAUGAGAACAAGCGUCAAUUUUUAAGCUGGAAAGAGCGAUUUGAAAUUAUAUUGGGAAUAGCAGAAGGGCUUGCAUAUCUUCAUGAAGGAAGCAAAGCAAAGAUAAUCCACAGGGAUAUUAAAAACACUAAUAUUCUGGUUGAUGAUCAACUCGUUCCAAAGAUUGCUGAUUUUGGACUUGCUCGACGUUUUGCUCCCCAUAAAACUCAUGUCAGCACUGGAGUUGCGGGAACCUUGGGAUAUUUAGCUCCUGAAUAUCUUCUUCAAGGAUGUUUAACAGAGAAAGCAGAUGUUUAUUCCUUUGGAGUGGUGGCCAUAGAGGUUGCAUGUUGUAUAAAGAGCAAUGUCUUUGUGAGCGAUUCUGGAUCAGUUCUACAAUCUGUGUGGAGAAAUUACAAGUUGAAUAAGAUUACUGAGUCCAUAGACAGCAGGCUGAUGAGUGAUUUUCAAGAACAGGAGGCAUCACGCGUGCUUCAGCUAGGGCUAUUGUGUACACAAACUAGAAGAUUUUCACGACCAUCUAUGUCUCAAGUGGUAACGAUCCUAAGAAAUGAAGAAAUUGAAAUUCCAGUGCCAAUGCAACCUCCAUUCCAGAACUCAAGUUUACUAGCCCCUCCAGAUACAAGUAGUCCGUCCGUAACUAAAGAUAGUUUCUGCUCAGAAUGGUAUUCCACUGAUGGAAUUUCUAUUCAAUCUUCUGAGUUUGCUAGCCUAUCUAGCUCUCAAUCAAGUGAUUUUUCGACGAGUGAAAACAGUAGACUCUUGAAAAUCUCUUGAGGAUUUUGGUUGCUUACGAUUACUCAUGGAUUUACAUUAGUCCUCCCCAGGGCAAUGAACCAAGAUCAAUGAUUUGGAAUUGACCCUAUUUGCACAUAUGUAAACUUUCUGAGCAGAGCCUUGACUUACUUGUAAAUCACAUCGUUUCUUUCGUUGGUGUAACUGUAACUGUAUAAUUCAAGAGGAUGAAAUAGAUUGAAUCGAUAGAGCUUUUGUCUAUGGAAA